AUGGGAACAAAGCGAUCAGCUCCUCCGUCGCACCGCGAUGGCUCUGGUGGCUCUGGCCUCAAGAGGAUCAAGGAUGCCCACCAACAGACCAAGCCUCCAACAACUCUAUCCAGUCAAAUACCAAUGCAGUCCAGCAAUCAAGUAAACACACGACUCUCGUCACUGAAAGCCCUCGUUAGAGAUGUCCUAGCAGAUUCCGAGGUCGUGACGAUCAACCCAGGAGUGGUAAAGGCACUGUCGGCACUCAACGACACUCUUCAGCAAUUUCCGGAAGCUUCCUGUUCCUCAACGAGCCGGCCAACCAUCUCUCAGGUUCAUGAUGGUGACCACCCAGAAGGCUCCAUUACAGGCGGGCCCCCAAUGCCAAGUGUACCUGCGAUUCCAGACGAAAAGCUUCGCCAAGCAGUGUUUACACAUUCAGCAUAUAGUGGUGCUCAUGACACAAACUACGAUCGGUUAGAAGUAUUGGGUGAUGCUUAUAUCGAACUCAUUGCCACGAGAUUAGUUUGGGAGAAAUUUCCAGGAAUUCCUGCAGGUCGAAUGUCGCAAAUUCGUGAGACGAUGGUCAAAAACGAAACACUUGCGAGAUUUUCGGAGCUAUACGGAUUCGAUCACAUGGCUCGGGUUCCUGCAGACCACUGGAAUCAACCUAAACGAUGGAUGAAAACGAAGGGUGAUAUUUUUGAAGCGUAUGUGGCUGCGGUGAUACUCUCACAUCCUGAAGGAGAUGGUUAUAGGUUGGUGGAGAAAUGGUUGACAACUCUCUGGAUGCCAAAUCUCGACAAUCUGGGCCAUCAAAAGGCCAGUUUACGCUCGAAGGAAAUUUUGGCUCAGCAAAUCAUGGGCAAACACGUGAAGCUGGAAUACCUCGAGGAGCGACCUUCUGUCCAUAAAAAAGGGACUGGCACGCAAAUCUACUUUAUUGGUGUCUAUCUGACCGGUUGGGGAUGGACCAAGCAACAUCUCGGUUCUGGACAGGGACCGAGUAAAGUAGCAGCGGGUGACGAGGCAGCCCGGAAUGCCUUGUUGAACACUUCCCUGAUUGCGAAGAUCGCUACGGUGAAAAAGAGUCAACAGGCGUUACCUACAGUUGCGCCGAAUGGCUCACUCUGUGGAGACAGUCUCUGA